AAAAUAGGAGGCUCCGUCGUGACCUUGCACCGUGCAUUCAUUGACGCAACCUGAUUGGCUACUUGGAAACUGACAUCAAAAUCGCGCGCUCAGUCCGCGUUUGGUGCUCAGUGCUGACGGUUCAGACCUGCAGAUGUAUGCGGUGCGAAAAGAACGUUACGUUGAGUUAAAUGCGUGUGCGAUAUUUUCAGUGCAGUGUGGAUAUGUUCAUAUUGAGACGAUGUGACUGUGCAUGGCUCUCUUGUUCCUGUCUUCUCUAUAUGGUGACGAGCAACGAAAGAACUGCUGAAUUUCUUCUCAGACGUCGGACUCCCAGAAUAGUACAACAGAAGAGAAAAAAUGCUUUGUAG